UGGUCAUCAAUGUCAUCAUGAACAUGAAUGAUCAGAAUGACGAAAGUAACUAAAGUUAUUAUGCUAUCGUGCAAGCGUGGAAAAAUCGUACAAGUUACUUAACUUAUUAUAUAAAUAACAAAGGAAAAACCAGAGCAGUAAGCUACGCAUAUGUGGCGCAAAAUAUGUUAUUCAGGACUAAUAAAGUUUAGAUGACAAUGGCGUAAAAUGAGGUAAAUGAGUGAUACCCCGUCAUACUUAGAGGUUAGGUUUUACAAGAUUCUACUCGUCAUACAUGAAGUUUUUUGUUGAAAGUAAAGAAAGUGUAAAAUGACACUGCUCUAUAAAUGUGUUAUUAACAACGCAAUAAUUCAAAAACCUAGUCGAAUAUGUCUGAGUUACUCGUGCCUUUUCCGUUCGAUUCACCUUUCGAGACGAAAAUGUGUCUUGCCUGGUUUGAGACAUUAUUCAGCAGAUACAAUCAACGCAAGAGUUGGAGAUAAAACAAAAAAUAUUGUCUUUCGUAAAAAGAGUAAGUCUGAACUGAGGAGACUCUUCAUUUUAGCAGCACCUGAGAAAUGGAGACUUACAAGUGCUGUGGCUUUUUUAAUCGUAUCUUCCACUGUAACAAUGGCAGUUCCAUUCUGUUUGGGGAAGAUUAUUGACAUCAUUUAUACUGCUGAUCGGGAAAAAACUAAGGAAAAUUUAAGUCGAGUAAGUCUCGCUUUAUUAGGAAUAUUUUUGGUUGGUGCAAUAUGUAAUUUUAGUCGAAUAUACCUCAUGUCCACCUCAGGACACAGAAUCACUCAAAGCCUGAGAAAAAAAGUUUAUGCUGCCAUUCUUAGUCAAGAAACUGCAAUGUUUGAUACAGUGAGCACUGGAGAACUAGUUGGAAGAUUGACAGGAGAUGCCCAACUCGUUAGUUAUGCUGUAACUAGCAACAUAUCAGACGGGUUGCGCUCUACCAUAAUGACAACGGCUGGGAUAUCGAUGAUGUUCUACGUGUCUCCGCAAUUGGCACUGGUAGGUUUAUCAGUCGUACCUCCGGUCGUUGGUUUGGCCAUUAUUUACGGUAGAUUUGUGAAGAGAAUUUCAAAAGAUGUGCAGGACAGUUUAGCCUCCCUGAAUACCACUGCGGAAGAAAGGAUUAGCAACAUAAGAACAGUCAAGUCAUUCGCGCAAGAAGUCAAUGAAAUCGAAAAGUACUCCAAGAAAUUGCAGGAAUUGCUGGAAAUUUGUUACAAAGAGAGUUUUUUUAGAGGAAUAUUUUAUGGAAUGACCGGUCUUUCUGGCAAUGUAAUAAUUCUCUCUGUUCUCUAUUACGGUGGUGUUAUGUUGUCUGAUGCGACAAUUACUGUCGGAAAUCUCAGUGCUUUCCUGCUGUACGCAGGAUACGUGGGAAUCUCUCUCAGCGGUCUUUCGAGUUUCUACUCGGAACUGAACAAGGCUCUUGGCGCGAGUACGCGUCUUUUCGAAUUAAUCGAUCGGCAACCUCUAAUUCCGAUUCAAGGUGGAAAAGUUUUAGACAAACAUUUGUCCGGAGAAGUGAACUUUCAAAAUAUUAGAUUCGCUUAUCCAGCGAGGAAGGAAUCGCUGAUCUUGAAAGACUUCAAUUUACAGUUACCCAAGUCUUCGAUAACAGCAAUCGUUGGUCCAUCUGGCUCAGGAAAAUCGACGUUAGCUCUGCUGCUUCUGAGGCUCUAUGAUCCGAAUGAGGGGUCUAUUUUACUAGAUGGUCAUGAUUUGAGAGAAUUAGAUCCUAUUUGGGUAAAAAGUUUCGUCACAGUUGUUCCCCAGGAACCAGUUCUCUUCAAUGGAACGAUACAAGAUAAUAUAACCUAUGGAACAGAGAUCUCGUGCGAGGAUGAGGUAAUUCAGGCAUCAAAGGCUGCGAAUGUUCUUGAGUUUGUAGAAAAAUUAUCAAAUGGCUUAGACACAAUGGUAGGAGAGAGGGGGAUUACUCUUAGCGGUGGACAAAGACAACGAGUCGCUAUUGCGAGAGCUUUAAUUAAGAAUCCAAAGAUUCUAAUCCUGGACGAAGCGACGAGUGCCUUGGAUGCAGAGAGCGAACACUUGGUACAGGAAGCCUUGGAGCGAGCAUCCCGGGGAAGGACGGUAUUGACGAUAGCACACAGACUUAGUACAAUAAAAAAUGCGGACAAGAUAGCCGUCUUGAAUCAAGGUCGAAUAGUGGAAACAGGAACGUACGACGAGCUAAUGACACUCCAGGAGGGAUUUUUCAAAAAAUUGGUCAAGCAUCAAGCUUUCAGUUAGGUGCUUUUUAAAAUGCCUUUUUCUGGAGGCUCGUGUAGAUUUACGUUGACCGAAUAAUCUGAAGAAGGACUUUGCCCUCUGACGUACUAGCAGGCCGUCCACAAUCCCACAGCGGUUUGAAGAUGUGUAAAUAUAUGAGCCGCUGUUGGAAGGCGGGGUCGAAAGCUUUAGUAAUAAUUAAAUAGCAAGCAGUGUCGAAUGUAUAUACAUAUAUAUCCAUUGGUAUUUAAAAGCGGAGCAAAAAGGCGCGCCAGCGGGCACACACGAUGAGGGGAUAAUAUACCCACCGCACGCGCGUAAGUCGGUGACAUCGACUACUUAUGAACUUCCCCCUCCGGCAAUACAAAGUGAUUCUCAAUACGGCGAGUUGGCGGCGAGACUUGUUUACUUGCUCUUGCUUAUUGUAAAUCGGGACGCGGUUAGGUUUUAUAUUAGAUUAAACCUGUUUUCGCAAAUAAUCAAGCUGACUUUUUCGCAGAUAGGAGAAAGCAACAAACUAUACGUAAAAAGCGUACUGGCAAAGCAAGUUCAAUUCAGUGUCCGCCGUUUGUAUAUCGCUCCUACUUUCUUUUUAAUCUUUUUUCCAAGUUUUUCAAAAUUCCAAUUACUUUUCGCAAGCGGGAAACGUAGUAAGUCACUUCGCAACGGGUUGACGGUAAACUUUGGACUUUGAUUGAGAAAAUUACGCGAGUAUAGAUUCUUGUGAUAGCACACUGACAUAACUGAAGCCCGGCUCGUGCAAAUUGUAACUUCUCACAGACGCGUAUUGUAUGCAGAUUAGUACAUAUGUGCAUGUUUAUGAGAUAUUACAAGUUGCAUCGCUCCACCAGUGUGGCUGAAUUCGUUGAGGAAUACAGGCGCAAUUUAAUAAUUGUAUAUAAGUGUAUGUGUACUGUGAGAUACUUUUAAAAGAGAGAAUAAAAAUAAUUUCUUUACGGAGUUGGGUA